CAGUGGAGUGAGAGGGUGAAAAAGAGCCUAUUGGUCAGUGUGCUGGACUGGCAGGGUGGUUGACCAGAGGCACUAGGCCCUCCCCACACCAACUAUAAAAGCCUAUACUCUUUGUCCCUCCACAGCCACUACUCACUCUCAURUGCAAAUAACCUUUGUUCCAGUCCGAGACACACUGAUCACAUUACAAACCACAAUGACUGACCUGGAGAGUUCACUGGCCACCAUCAUGGAGGUGUUCCAUAAGUACGCAGAGAAAGAAGGGGACAAGCACAAACUGAAGAAAAGUGAACUGAAAGACUUGAUCAAUGAGGAGCUACCAGCCCUUACAGGGCAAGUGAAGGACCAGGCCACUAUGGACAGUUUGAUGGAGAGCCUGGACACGGACGGAGACUCGGAAUUGGACUUCCAAGAGUUCAUGACAUUUAUCACCAUGGUAACUGUCUGUUGCCAUGAUUUCUGCGAGCACCAUGAGGACGAGUAGCUAGGCACCAGUUAAACAAGAGAGAGAGAGAGAAAGCGAGUAAAUUAUGAAGUAGGWACUUUAGUUUGAUAAAAAACUUAAAUGUCAAUGAAAACUUUMUAUUUUUCCUGUUGGUCCCAUUUAGUUUCAAUAGGUUUCUUAUACCCUGUUUGCCUACAAAGGGCUAACGCACUUUGUUUCAUUGCCUGUGUCRUGUCAGAGUUGACAAAACCAAAUUGGUUUAGUACUGAAACUUCAUAGAAUAGCUUURGCCAACAAAGCAUAGAGCACUUUCCUUGUUAUACUGUAAAGCUAAGAACCAAGGUAAUAGAUUCAUGCAUUUCUGCGGCUCUAAAUUGYUUCAAUUGCUAUCACUAACAAUGCAUGUAUAAUCAGCUACAGUGGACAUGGUUUGGCAAGUAAAACAAGUAUCCUCCAGUUUUAUUUUGACCCCCCAAAAGAUGCUGUUGAAUUCCAGCCAAUAUCUUGAAUUGAAUUCUGUUUUGAUGAAAGUGGUUUUUCAAAUUGAACUGUGCUUUGUGAGAUGCCAUUAAAAGUUUAACAUAGAUAAUCAAUAAAGAUGAUCAAAUGAAUACAAGCA